CCCUGCGGUGGCGGCCGAGCCUUGUGCCGCCGCCAUAUUGUCUGUGUGAGGCCGGUGAGGCGGGUGGACGGUCGGGCGGCCGGGGGCUGCUCAGUAAGAAAAUCCAGAGUCCCAUCUGAGGUGGUUCCUGUGAUUGGGCCUGAAGUUGGAAGGGGUGCAAAGGCCAGAUCUGCAGCCUAGCUCAACCUGCCAAUCUUUCCGACAUGUCGGGACCUGUGCCAAGCAGGGCCAGAGUUUACACAGAUGUAAAUACACACAGACCACGGGAGUACUGGGAUUAUGAGUCACAUGUCGUGGAAUGGGGGAAUCAGGACGACUAUCAGCUAGUUCGGAAAUUGGGCCGGGGCAAAUAUAGUGAAGUCUUUGAAGCCAUCAACAUCACAAAUAAUGAAAAAGUAGUUGUUAAAAUUCUGAAGCCGGUGAAAAAGAAGAAAAUCAAGCGAGAAAUCAAAAUCCUGGAGAACCUGCGAGGUGGCCCCAACAUUAUUACCCUUGCAGAUAUAGUGAAGGAUCCUGUGUCACGGACCCCCGCCUUGGUGUUUGAACACGUGAACAACACAGAUUUUAAGCAAUUAUAUCAAACGUUAACAGACUAUGACAUUCGGUUCUACAUGUACGAAAUCUUGAAGGCUCUGGACUAUUGCCACAGUAUGGGGAUCAUGCACAGAGACGUCAAACCUCACAACGUCAUGAUUGACCACGAGCAUCGAAAGCUGAGGCUAAUAGAUUGGGGCUUGGCUGAAUUCUAUCAUCCUGGUCAGGAAUACAACGUCCGCGUGGCUUCCAGAUACUUCAAAGGGCCGGAGCUCCUUGUAGACUAUCAGAUGUACGACUACAGUCUGGACAUGUGGAGUUUAGGGUGCAUGCUAGCCAGCAUGAUCUUUCGGAAGGAGCCCUUUUUCCACGGUCAUGAUAACUAUGAUCAGUUGGUGAGAAUAGCCAAGGUGUUGGGAACCGAAGAUCUAUACGACUAUAUUGACAAAUACAACAUUGAGCUUGACCCCCGUUUCAACGAUAUCUUGGGCAGGCACUCACGAAAACGAUGGGAACGUUUUGUCCACAGUGAGAAUCAGCACUUGGUCAGUCCUGAAGCCUUAGAUUUCCUAGACAAGUUGUUGCGAUACGAUCACCAGUCCCGACUCACCGCAAGAGAAGCCAUGGAGCACCCUUACUUCUACCCAAUUGUGAAGGACCAGACUCGGAUGAGCUCAGCCAGCCUGCCAGGGAGCAGCACGCCCGUUAGCAGCACUGGCAUGCUGUCAGCAGGAAUUCCUUCAGUGGCAACGUCUUCCCCCCUCGGACCUCUGGCAGGCUCCCCGGUGAUUGCUGCUGCCAACCCGCUGGGAAUGCCGGUGCCAGCUGCCGCAGGGGCUCAGCAGUAAAGGAUGCCCCCUCUCCCAGAUGCUGGACUGGAGCCACCUUGGGGCUGAGGGUCCUCCUCCAUCCCCCGCAGCCACUUGUAGCCAACGUGGGGGGAGAAGGGAGGAGCUGUGUCUGAACUGUUGCUUGUGGAUUAAUAGUCCUUCAGUCGUGCCAUCCAUAUGUAUAUCUCUCUCUCUCUGUGGAUAUAUAGAUAUGGAUGAAUCUUCUCAUGCUGAAUUCCCCCUCCCGCCUUUUUUACUUGAACUUUUUGUAACUCAGAGGAAUCCCUGACGAAAUCCACCGACGGAGCGUUUCGCAGACCGUUCUUUCCCGCCCUGCCCGCCACUGCCGAGUCCCCCUUUAAGAUCCAGAGUGAGGGCGCCGGCUCUUCCUCAUCUUGGUUUCUUGUCCCUUCGCCUAAUCGAUGCCCCGUGGAGGGGAACGUGGUGUUUCCAUCGCCCGCCCACCCCUUUGGGGAACUGUUGAGUUCCAGCCUUGAGAAGCCAGCAGGAGGGGACCCCGGUCUUGGAGGCCACCGUGUUCUGCAGCGCAGCGGAAGCAGCUCCUCUUUAUAAGGCAGAAAGGUCAAAAUGGUAGCUUUCCUGUAAGAAUCGAUUCUUACGCUUCUCAUCGCAGUCAGAAGCCUGUGAGGUUCGUCAUGUGAAGGCACCUCAUCGUUAUCUCCAAAAAAAGGUAUCCGGCCCACCACAAAGCUAUCCCCGUGAUUUCCUCUGCAGCUGCUCACCCAGAUUGGGAAUUCUGGAAAAUAAUUUUUCACCCAUCUUUCUUAAAAACAUCUCAAACUUCUGACAGGUUGGAUCCUGGGAAAAAAAAACAAACCGAUGUGGGGCAUUCACCUGUCCUGCCCACUCACCCUUUUUUCUCCAUGUGCCAUGUGGUGAGAGAUGCUGGUGUGUGCGUGUGUCUGUGUGUGUUACUUACUUUACCUUAGAGGAAGGUGGCGGAAAGUGCAAGCAGACUGUGACUGUUUCAAAGAGGGUGUGAAAAAAAUAGGCAACCUUGUAAGAGAGCAUCAUUGUGGAGGACAAUGUCCUCCCUGUGUGUGUGUGUUGUGUGUCUGUUUACACACACCCCACAGACACGCACACACCUAUAUAUGUAAAUCAGUCUCGCUCUUCCUAUGCUGAAAUAUCCUAUGUCGGAAUUCCUUGCUGUAAAUAAACUUUUUUUUUUUUUUUAAUUUAUCAAAGGUUAGGCUUAAAGUUGCCUGCGCAGAGGUUCUCCCUGGGUCAGUGUCACAUGUUUUUACACCGCUUGCAGCCUCUAACCCCGGAACUAGGGCUUGGGACCCGGGGGGAGGGCAGGGGGCCAAGGCUGCUGCUCUUGCCGGAUCCGGUUGCAAUUGCGACCCGCGCUAAGAAGCCUUACAAGAAGCAUCUCGCAAGCCAAAGUGUCGCCGGAAGGGAUCCUCGGCAUGCGUUUUCCUUUCGCAGCACUGGGAUUUCAAGAUAGGGGGCAGCAGAGGGCAGGAGGGGAGGCCCUCCGAGCCACCGAGGGCUGCCGUUCGCCACCGGAGUGGGCCUCGGGCAGAGCCCGGACGCCCAUCAGCCCCUCUGCAUCUCCGGGAUACCUCUGUCUGAGCACCACUACAAGAGGCGCGUUCCUACCCGCCCCACUUCUCUUGGGAGCCUCAAUCACUUGAGUUUAAUAAUAUAUGCAACUUCCGCUGUCGGAAUUCCUGCGGGUGUGCUCCUUCCUGUUUCGCUCCAACGGCCUUCGUUUGGCGGGAUCGGACCUGGGUGCCGGUGCAGGAAGUGAUAGCGUGGGACCCUGACCGGUUGCCCCUCCCUCCCUCCCUCUCCUUGGAAAGGUGCGUUGCUGAUGAGCAAUGACUUCUGGAUCCCCGCUGGCAGGAAUGGCCCGCGGCGGGUAGCCAUGCCCUUGAGCUGGCGUGAAACCUGGCGGGACAGCCACGGAACAGGCGUGCCUAGAUUUGCACUGGGACAGGCCCUCCGUAGGGCUCUUGAGCAGGCGAUCGACUCACCCUUCGGUCUCUUUGUACAAUCCUUGAAUUUGGCGAGUGGGGCGGAAGAGUUGCGUGCCCUCAGCUGCUUUCCAGGACCAGGGGGUGCCGGGUGCAAGGUGGCGAGGAUUGGAAGGGGGGGGCAGGAUCCAUCAAACCUUACGCGAGAAGGCGAGAUGGAAACAUUUGGUUCAGGGAGUGAUCUAAACCAGUGUUUCUC